GUAGGUUCUUAUGGGUCAAAUUCCAAUUGUACGAUAUCUGUGAAGCUUUGUCGGCAGAGGCACUUCAUACUACUAUCAAUAACUUACCCAAAGACCUAUGCGAGACAUACGCGCGCAUCAUCCGAAAGAUUUACAACAGUCCAGGCGGAGUGAUGAAAGUAGAAACCAUGAAAAAAGUAUUGCGAUGGGUUAGUUGCGCGUACCGUCCGUUACAUAUUGAGGAACUGGAAGAGGCCGUUGGACUACUGAAGGAUGAUAAGAUCUGGCCGGCAGAACGCAUUGUCACUGGCUCUGGAGAGAAACUGGUCCAUGCCUGUGGACACUUGGUGGUGUAUAAUCGGGAUGACCACACAGUAACACUUGCUCACCCUACCGUUCGUCAAUUCCUUUGUUCGAGCUCUUCCUCACCUGAAGAUUCCGUUCCCGCCUCAAUAAAAUUUGAUAUGGCGGAGGCUGAUACCGAUAUUGGGGAAAUAUGCGUUGCGUACCUGAAUUUCUCCGAUCUCGAGACUCAACUUAUCCAAGUCACUCCACCAACGACAAUGGGUCGCCGGCAAGCGGAGCGCAUCGUUUGGAAGGGGGUACCACUGGCCCCGUUCCUCAAGGGUAUCAUGAAUCGAGGUCGAGCUGACGAUCCAUUCGACUCGGGAACAAACGUCAAAGAUAUCACAUACGAGUUCCCACGCCCCAAACCAACACAAAACCCCACCACCAAGUUUUCGCUGCUUCCUUAUGUCAUCGAAUACUGGGCUUUCCAUGCUUCAGGUUUUACCCCCGAGUUGUCCUGCUGGGAAGCAUUCGCUCAUCUCACCUUUCAUCGCAACCUGCUAUUCCAGUUUCGACCCUGGGAGCUAACACGUUCCACUAAUAUUGUUCCAGCAGAUGAACUGGUCAUGCCCCUGUAUACCUGGUCGAUGCAACAUGGCAUCUGGUCAUUUGUACGACUGCUUGUUUGGAACAUCGACACAUACCGACUGCUCAAACUUCAUAUUCAUAGAAGAGCUAUGGACCUUAAAGUGGAUCCAGAUUGGCUCUUUGACGAUUUCCUGACCCUUCGUUUCAAUCUUCACGUCGGUCGCAAAGCCAUCCAUUCGUGCUGGUCUGAUAACGGGACAUUUUGGACGUGCGAUGAUAUUUACAAUAUUGCCAGCCAAUUCCAGAGUGACUCCCGGGCUGUUGCGUUCCUCAGAUUUCUGAAGACUGAACUGGAGACUCUUGGUCACUCUGCUGGAUCCGGCCUGCUUUCAAAAGCCUUUAACGGAGCCAUGAGGCUGGCCAUAUCCAAAUUAGAUGUACUCACUUGGAGAACUCUAUGCCAAGCCUGUAUAUCUUCAUUUAAACAGCUGUCGCAUGCCAUCGUUUCCUUCUUCCAGCAACACCAGCAUCGGCCCCUUUCCGUUCCCUCUAUUUUUGGAACCUUCUUUUCAAUCGAUAUUGGAAACGACUGGCCACAGUUCGUCGAUAUCGCACUACUUAAAACGCUAUAUGUCUACUUGCCCGAAAUCGAGGGGGCUAUUGCCUGGAAAUACAUAAAUCCCAAAGAAAUGAGUCAACAGUGUAUUUGGCUGCUGCUGGUACUGGCCUUCACAUCCAUAUCUGGAUCGCUGAGUACCAUUGAGGUAUUGCUGAAGCACAUAACUGGGACCGCGCUGAACUUUGAAUUUCACAGAUCAAAACCGGAACGGACGACUGUAGCUUCGCAGAGCUUUGUAUCGCUCGAGGGCCCCUCGUUGCUCGGUAUGCUGUUCCAGUGCCUACGGAAUAGUCCCAUUUCGAUAUCGAAGACGAAAAUGAAGAUGAUAUUCGAAGCUCUGAACCUCAAUCGGUUCGGGAGGCUCCCAAUCAACUCUUUAGAAAAGAAAGGCAUCCAUUGCUUGGCGUGGGCUGCAGAGCUUGACAUGAGUGAUGUAGUGGCACAAUUGAUGCCUCACUAUCAGGACCAGCUUCGGGACUGCAACGAAGUCUAUAUGACAGGGAGCAUGGGUAUCAAUGUUGGCGUUUUAAGUCUCAGCGCAGCUAUUGGGCAUAGCGAAGAUAGCCUGACGGAGAUGCUACAAUGGAGCUGGCCGCACCACGUCGUUCAUGCCGUGCUGGAACACCCCAAGGUUAAAUCGCUCAAACCUAUCAACAGGAGAGCAUUGGAGGACAUGAGCAAAUAUCCAAGCAUUCGUCCCUCUAGGCCACAGCCGCUCUGGCCAGCUGUCCCUGAAGAGGCACAGGAAGAUUAGCAAGCCCUUGCAAUAUCCAAGUCGUUGUUGAGGAGGAAUUAUUCAAGCCUCUUGAAGCUUCUUUGGAAUAUUGCUCUUCUGGGACAUACUACGAAACUUCACGUCCGACUGGACACCUCUCGGCUCUUCCU